AUGCUUCGUUGUUUAAGCGGCAAACUGCCCUCGCGCAUAAUCAAAUGUAGAGGGUACUCUACGGAGGCCAUGGCGGAGAAUUUCGAGCUUUCGACGCUGCCUAAUGGGCUCAAAGUUGCUACGUCGAACGUUGUGGGCCACUUUUCUGCACUGGGCAUGUACGCUGGAGUUGGAACGCGGCAUGAGGUGAAGAACCUGCGAGGGUGCACGAACAUUAUCGACCGGCUGGCCUUCAAGUCCACAGAGAACAUGUCUGCGGUGCAGAUGGCGGAGGCGCUAGAACGGCUGGGGGGGAACUACCAGUGCACGUCUGGGCGGGAGUACAUGAUGUACCAUGCGUCGGUCUUCAACCGGGAUGUGGAGAAAAUGCUCAGCCUGAUGGCAGACACGGUGCGUCGCCCGCAGAUCUCGGAGCAGGAGGUCGAAGAGCAGAAGAGCGCGGCCCUCUACGACGCCAAGGGCGUCCGCCACAAUCACGAGAUGCUACUGCCCGAGAUGCUCCACGAGGUGGCCUACCGGGGCGAGGCUUUGGGGGUGCCCAUGGCGACAGCGGAGGAAGCGAUUCGCGGGGUGAGCAGGUACCACCUGAGGGACUACAGGAACAAGUUUUACAACCCCCAGAACUUUGUCGCUGCUUUUAUUGGCGUACCACACGAGGAGGCUGUAGCGAUGGCUUCGAGGCAGUUUGGUGAUAUGGAGAAUAAGUAUCCUCCACAUGCCACACAGCCAGCGCGCUAUAUUGGUGGUAUGGCCAACUCGCUAGAGCGUAACAAUAACCCCAGCCUUCCAGAAAUGUAUCACAUGCAGAUUGCAUUUGAGAGUUUGCCGAUUGACCAUCCUGACAUCUACACGUUAGCGACGUUGCAAACGCUACUCGGUGGCGGCGGCUCAUUCAGCGCCGGUGGACCUGGUAAGGGCAUGUACUCUCGCUUGUACACCAACGUGCUGAACAAGUACCACUUUGUGGACAACUGCAUGGCAUUCCAUCAUUCUUAUUCAGACUCUGGCUUAUUCGGUAUUUCGAUAUCUGUUUAUCCGAACGCGGCACGGUACAUGGCCCCCAUUAUUGCUGAGGAACUUAUCUCACUUCUACCAGGUGGAAAAUAUAAGUUGACAGAAGAGGAGGUAGAUAGAGCCAAGAAUCAAUUAAAGUCAUCCCUACUAAUGAACCUAGAGUCGAGGCUCGUUGAAUUGGAGGAUCUGGGGAGACAGAUUCUGUUACGUGGGAAUAAGAUUCCGGUCGCGCAGAUGAUAUCCAAGAUCUCUGAAGUCACACCCGAAGACUGUAUGCGCGUCGCUGAGCUUGUGCUGACUGGCAGCGUGGAAAAUAGUUUGAGUGGUACUGGUGCCCCUACGAUUAUCACGCAAGGUAGUGAGUCUGCAUUUGGCGAUUCUUUACACGUGCUUAAGCACUACGGCUUGGGUCGCUAUGAUCGCAUUACUCAAGGUACCGGCUCAUUCGGUUGGUCCGCUUGA